AUGACUGCCGAAGUAGAUAGCAUCACUCAUCCAAACAUCACUGAUGGGUGGUUUACUGAAACUGCUGCCAUGUGGCCUGGUCAAGCAAUGAAGCUCCAAGUAACUGAAGUCCUGCAUCAUGAAAAGUCGGAAUUCCAAGACGUUCUUGUCUUCCAAUCCUCUCAUCAUGGGAAUGUACUUGUCUUGGACGGUGUCAUUCAAGCUACUGAACGAGAUGAAUUCGCGUAUCAGGAGAUGCUGGCUCAUUUGCCUCUCAACUCGCAUCCAAAUCCACAAAAGGUCCUAGUAAUUGGAGGUGGUGAUGGAGGAAUCCUCCGCGAAGUCCUUAAACAUCCCAGCAUCGAGGAAGCCGUCCUCGUAGAAAUCGACGAGGCUGUACCUCGAGUAUCCAAGAAAUUCCUACCAUCCAUGGCUGUCGGAUUCGCACACCCAAAAGUCAAGGUCAUUAUCGGUGACGGCUUCCAAUUCUUAAAGGACAAUACGGGAGUCUACGAUGUGGUCAUUACUGACUCGUCGGAUCCUGUUGGGCCAGCUGAAUCGCUGUUCCAAGGUUCAUUCUUCCAGUUGUUGAAGAAUGCGUUGAGGCCUGGUGGGAUCAUAGCUACGCAAGGUGAAUGCCAGUGGCUCCAUCUCCCGCUUAUAAAGACCGUGAUCUCCCAAUGCAAGGAAAUAUACCCAUCAGUCUCCUACGCAUACGCAUCUGUCCCCACUUACCCAUGUGGACAAAUAGGCUUCAUCUUGGCAUCAACCGAAAAAAAAGACUUUACCAAACCACUACGCAAAUUCACACCUGAAUUUGAACGGGAUAAGUUACGUUAUUACCAUGCUCAGAUGCACGAGGCUGCUUUUGUGCUGCCGCAGUUUGUUAGAGGUGCUUUAGAAUUAUGA